AUGGAGGGAGAGGUUGGUAACUUCAUUGUGGUCUGGAUAGUAGUGUUUGCAUGUCUCCUAUAUUGUUACACCAUUGGCAAGUUCAUACCAAAGGGUACCACUAGACUUUUGGCAUUGUCCAUUGUCACAUGCCUCUUUCUAUGGUUUCCACUCAAGCUAACCACCAUGCACCUUGGUGGUUUAACCUCUUUCUUUAUAGCAUGGCUUGCAAACUUCAAACUUCUUCUCUUUGCUUAUGGAAAAGGCCCUCUUUCUUCCGACCCACCAAUCCCAUUGUCGCGCUUUGUCCCCAUGGCAUGUCUACCAAUCAAGAUCGCAUCUACUCAUUCGCGUUCUGAAAGCCCAAUUCAAGAAACAAAGAAAACGGCGAAAAAAGGAUAUCUAGUGAAGCUUUCAUUGUUUGGAAUGUUACUUAAGGUGUAUGAUUAUAACCAAUAUAUUCAUCCAAAGGUUAUGAUGUCAUUGUAUUGCUUUCAUAUCUAUUUCAUGCUUGAAAUAGUGCUAGACAUGGUUGCAUAUGUGGCUCGAACCGUUGUGCAAAUGGAGUUUGAGCCGCCAUUCGAUGAGCCUUACCUAGCCACUUCCCUACAAGACUUUUGGGGUAAAAGGUGGAACCUCAUGGUCACUAGCAUUCUACACCCAACCAUAUAUGAUCCGGUUCGCUCCAUUUCUUUGCGUUUCGCGUCAAGAAAAUGGGCCUCACUAGUUGCGAUUUUCACAACAUUUCUUGUUUCAGGGGUGAUGCAUGAGUUUAUAUUCUAUAACAUUGGUAGAUUAAAACCUUCUGGUGAAGUUACUUGCUUCUUUUUAUUGCAUGGAGUAUUGGUAAGCAUUGAAGUUUGUAUCAAAAGAAUGGGGCUGCAUCUGCCCACCAUUGUUUCUCGACCGUUAACACUCGGAUGCGUGCUUGUUACUUGUUUCUGGUUGUUCUUUCCGCCAUUUCUACGGUUCAAACCAGAGGUUCGAGGAUGUCAAGAAACUGUUGCAUUUUUAGAGUUUGUCACCACUGGCCGGCUAAUUAGCCCUAGUAAUGCUUCUUGUCCAUACAUUUAAAUAAACACACAUUCGUUCAUGCAAUGCUAAUUAAAUCUAUUGUUUCUUUUGGUUUUUGAGGGAAAUCCCAACA